CUCAAAUAAGCGCUCGCGGCGCUGUCGAGAGGCAUUGAAGGUUUCAAGUACGUGGUUGGGACAGAGCCGCACGAACCUGGUCAAGUCACAAGUGAGGCGCGAGGCGCGAGGUGUCGCGUCACGUGCGCGUAUCUAGUCGAUGAACUUCAGCUUUUUGCUUCACUCGCUUUAGCAUCCACCUUGCUAUUUUAGAAUCGCAAGAGGCUGUAGAAACCGCAACUGAUCUCAAAGUAGUUGCUGAAUUAGCAAUCGAAUGACACAGCACAUGCACCGUAUCUUCAAAGGACUUUCUGCAAGCGUCAAAAGGGCUUCGAGACUCGCACCUCAUCAAUCUCUCCACACUCAACACACAGAGUGUGUCCCUCGACUCUGGGAGUCCAAUUCUGCGUUGGACCCCUAUCACUACACCAGUGGAAGAUGGCUUCACCGUGAGGAAGAGCAUCAACGCGCAAGAUACAUUAAAUUCGAUCUCAAUGCUCUAUGCCGCAAAGCCAUAGAAGCCUAUCCGGGCGCAUCCCGAGUUGUAAACUACGAGAAAAAAGAGGGUGGUUUCAACCGCGUGUUCAUCCUUCAUUUCGAUAACGGCGCCAAGGUUAUUGCGCGAGUCCCCUUCCGUCUUGCAGGUCCUCUAGCCUUGGUGACGCAUUCUGAGGUCGCAACGAUUGCAUACGUCCGGUCUCGCACAUCUCUGCCAGUGCCGGAGAUACUCGAUUGGAGCGACGAUCCCGAAAAUGAUAUCGGCACUCCAUACAUCAUAAUGAAGCACGCUUCAGGGGUUCCAUUGCAAGAAAGGUGGCCAACUAUGAAUACAGAACAAAAAAUUCGGUGUGUUGAACGCCUAUCCCGAUACCUAAGAGAACUUGCAGCCCUCCAAUUUCCCGCAUUCGGUAGCCUGUAUUUCUCAGAGUCAUUGGUGAGCGGGAAAGGGGCAAUCGAUAUCGGGUCUUCGUUUUGCAUUGGACAACAUUGCGGUACAGACUAUUGGCCCUCUAUUCCGACGGAGCCACGAUACUACGAGCGCCGAGGGCCAAACCGUGGACCAUGGAAGGAUCUCAGAGAAUACAGUACAGGAUUAUUAGAUGCCGGAUAUUCACGUUUGCCUCCCAGCCCGGCGAAGGAUGAAUUUGAGGGCACGGUCGACGAACAUCUUCGAUUACUCAAGCUCAGUGAAGAAAUUCUUGACGUUCUCUUACAACAAGAGGAUAUUCAGAAGGUUGCAGAGCCCACGCUUCUCCACAUCGAUUUCCAUAAGCGCAAUAUCUACGUUUCUGACGACGAUCCGCGGGUGGUUACGGCGAUUAUUGACUGGCAGUCUGCCUGUAUUGAGCCAAUGUUUUGCUACGCUCACGAGACGCCUGACUUUGUCGAGGCACCAGCCGACAUUCAGGAAUAUUUGCGACAAUUUCUUGGUCCAAGUUCUGAGGAUGUUCCCGAUGAUCCCGCUCGUGAGAAGGCCAAGCAGAAGCCGGAAAAGGAGAUUGAUCUCUGCCAAAAGACCUACACCACGAUUCUUCGGGCCCUGAUACCGAAUCUCUGGUCCGCCAUGCAAAUGGAUCAACGAUACGUUCGACUAUUCCGCUAUUGCAACUCUUCGUGGAGAGAUUGCGCCGUCGCGCUUCGUCAAGAGAUCUUAGAGCUGUCAGAAGGCUGGCAGGACCUCGGUUUACCAGGCACCUCUCCCUAUCAACCAAGUGAGGAGGCACUUGCAGCGCAUCGCAAUGCAUGGGAAGACUAUGAGACAGUGCAGAAACUCAGAUUGUUCAUGUUCAAGAUGGCGGGGUCAAACUCGGAUGGCUGGGUUCCUAAUGAGCACUGGAAGGAGGCACAGGUCGUCUGUCGCGAUGCUUUUGGGCUAUGGAUGGAGGCUAUGAGAGAAGAAAACGAUCCCAACAUGACUGAAGAGAAGGCUCGAAGACUUUGGCCGUUCGAAGCUAUUCAGUGACCUGGGAGGCGUCUUGCGAAAAGCGGAACUCUGAUAAUGAUGGACGGACUUACAUUCAACUUGCCUUGAGGGGCCGAGAAUAAUUCAAGCUAGUGGGGCCGGCAUACACUAUAAGCCUGAGGCUCUUGGAAGGCCUUGAAUUAUCAAAUCAGUCACCGCUUCUACAGCCCAUGUCUACUAGUACGCUAUCGUGCAAUAUCAGGC